AUGCCCGUUACAGAACUUGCUUGCCUCCGUCUCAAGAACAGUCUCCCCCUGGGCCACUCUGACAAUACGGCCGUCAGCAUCAAGCUUCGCGCGGGGGUAGAAGAACAAGCCAAGUACUCCAAUGCCAAAACUUCAGUCCUGUCCCAGAUCGAGGACCCUAGCUACAUCUACAUUCUUGGAAAAUGGGACUCGGUCGCUCAGCAUAUGGAGGAAUGGGUCCUGUCCCAACGGAACCAGGAAAUCAUGGCUGGAUUGAGCGAGGGUCUAGAGCUGGCGUGGAUUCAGCAUGUCGAUCUUGCCAGUGGCUCUGUCGAUGAGAGGAUCCCAUAUUCGGCGCCGGUCGUUGCGAUCGAACGUUAUACUGUCGCAGCGGAAAACAUAGAUGGUUUUGGUUCGGCCUUCGCCGAGACCAAACACCAUUUAAAGGGCUUUGAGCGGGGGAGAGAUAUAUCGGGUGGAUGGUGCGUUGAUGGAGAUGGUCAGUUCAUUCUCUUCUCAGGACGGGAGGCUGUGGAAAAGCAUAAUUCUUUUGCUCAGAGUGAGGGGUUCAAAGAGUUUGGCCGUAUCAGAGACUAUGUCGAGGAAGUUGAGAUAAAGUAUGCGCAGUGGGAAUUUACCCUGGGAUAG